AUGGACCUGGACCCCGAGGGCAUCUUCCGCGACGACAGCGAUGAAGACGAAGACAACGUCCAGGAGAGGGAGGCGAGCAAGGAUAUGGCUGUCUACAUUGUCGACGCCUUGCCCAAAAUGUUCACCCCUGCUACCACCCAGGACAAUGAAAAGCAGGAGACACAUUUUAAUACCAUUGUUAACUGCAUCACGGAGUCUCUCAAGACACAAAUUAUUGGUAGAUCUUAUGAUGAAGUCGCAAUAUGUUUCUUUAACACUAAAGAGAAGAAGAAUUUACAGGACUCAGCUGGUGUUUAUGUUUAUAAUGUUGGAGACAGAGAGCAACUUGAUAGACCCACUGCAAAACUCAUCAAAUAUUUUUUUUGCAUAGAAGAUUCUUUUAUGAGCACCAGUGGAAGUCGAUUUGGAAUAACAGCUGGAUCUCGGGAGAAUACCCUGUAUAAUGCUCUUUGGGUUGCUCAGGCGCUGCUGCGCAAGGGAUCUGUGAAGACCAUCAGUAAACGAAUUCUUAUAUUCACCAAUGAAGAUGAUCCUUUUGGUACUAUUACAGGAGCAGUGAAAACUGAUAUGAUUAGGACAACAGUUCAACGUGCAAAGGAUGCACAAGAUCUUGGCCUGUCUAUUGAACUUCUUCCACUUAGCCGGCCUGAUGAGCAGUUUGACAUGUCCCUAUUUUAUGCAGAUUUGAUUGGUCUGGAUGGAGAUGAGAUAAUCGAGAGUUAUGAACGGAGAUAG